GCUAAUUUAUAUCGUGUUUUCUUCCUUUCAGCUGGAAGAUCAUUCAACGCGUGGUCUAUCCUGUGGUACGUGGGAUCGUUCGUAGGACUAAUUGCGUUCUUUUUUAUAAUAUCAUUCUCAGAAUGGUGUUGUAAAAGGCGUCUUUGGAACCGUCGGAACACGCGUAACGCAAUCACGACACCCUCCCCAAACGGCACGAACGAUCCGGCACCUCCAGCUUACGAUUUAUUCGCACCCCCCUCGUAUGACAGUAUUUAUAAGGAUGGUACAGACGAAAAGCCCCAGUUCGAUGUUUACGUGGUUCCUAUAUCUAGUGGAGAAGAACUUGGGACACAGUUUUGCGGGUCCUUGAUAAAUGAAAGUAGAGCGACUAAUACAGACGAGACCACAGGACCGCCUUCGUACUCUUCAACUGCUGAUGUGACUUCAGCAAAUAGUGAAGACUGCGGAGAGACGGCUUCUACACAGACUGAUGAUUCGUUAUCAAAAAAUAAUAAUAAAGAAAGAAGGACGAAACGCAGAGCCCCUCAGCCGUCAUCUUCAAGUGUAGUGGUGUCGUUGGAAGAUCCUAGAGAUGAUGGAGGCGGCAAAACUUCCCUACAGUAACCAUUUGCCUUGAAUGGUUAUUUUGAAACAAUUUUAUUUAUUCUUAUACUAUUUGUAUACAUAUACUUUGUUAGUUUAGUUAGUAUGGAAUAUCCAAAACUAGUCUUAAUAUUCCAGUGUGAAUGGCAUGCGCGAGGAAUAUUUUAGCAGCGGAAUACUUAAUAUUAUUAUUAGAUUUUUACUAUUAUAUAUGUAUGUAAUCAAGGCUUGUGAAAUUAGUUUUUUAGUAAUAUAUGGAAUAAGAGUUGCUUUUGAUGCGUGUGUGUGUGUGUGCUGUGUGAAGGGAUGAAAAAGAAGCGACUGUUACUAUAGGUACGUCUCUGGAAAAUAAAUAAUUGGUACGAAAAUUGAAGUAUUAAAUAUGUAAAGAAACUUUUGUGAUAUAUUUAGCUACCUUCUUAUUGUAAACUGAAAGUGAGUGUGUAUUUUGAGCGAGCGAUUUUUGUACUAUUUGAGACUGAUUGAAUUUUUGUAAAAUAUCGAUAGUAAUCAUGGUGUAAACGUAACAAUUUAUUCGUACUUUUGUGGAACUAGAUUUCCACUAACACAUCACUGCACAAAUAAAUACGUCUCAUAUUUGUAAAUAGAAAAUAUAACUAGUUGGUUUUACAAUUAAGUCCUUAAAUAAAGAUAAAAUGAAUUAAA